AUGUCGUGGGCGUCGUUUCAUGUGCUCGAGGUCAUGUCGUCGCCCAAGUACCACCAGAAACGAGUGGGAUAUCUGGGAGCUGUCCAGAGUUUUAGGCCCGACACCGAGGUUCUGAUGCUGGCUACUAAUCUGCUGAAGAAGGACCUUGGCACGACGACACCGACAGUUAUAUCUCUCCCCAUUGCGACUCUUCCUCACGUUAUUACUCCAUCUCUGGCUCUCUCAACGCUUCAAGACUUGCUACCACGACUAAGCCAUAGUCACUCCAAUAUUAGAAAGAAGACGCUGGUGACGCUCUAUCGUCUCGCUUUAGUAUACCCCGAAGCACUUCGAGCAGCAUGGCCCAAGAUCAAGGAGCGACUCAUGGACCCUGACGAGGACCCAAGCGUCACAGCAGCCAUAGUCAACGUCGUCUGCGAGCUUGGUUGGCGGAGACCGAAUGACUUCCUGCCCUUGGCUCCUCGACUGUUCGAACUUCUGGUUGAUGGUGGUAAUAACUGGAUGGCCAUCAAACUCAUUAAACUUUUUGCUACUUUAACGCCCUUAGAACCACGACUUGUGAGGAAGCUGUUGCCUCCUCUGACCAAUAUCAUUAGGACGACCCCCGCCAUGUCUCUACUGUAUGAGUGUAUCAACGGAAUCAUUCAAGGUGGUAUUCUAGGGAACUCUGAUGAUUCUGGCACCGAUGAAAUCGCUACACUAUGUGUUAACAAAUUACGAGGCAUGAUCAUGAUAGAUGGUGAUCCCAACCUAUCUCAGCAGGAGGAUGUGAUUCUGGAGUGUAUUGACAGUCCCGACAUCACUAUCCGAAUCCAAGCUCUCGACCUAGUCCAAGGCAUGGUGACUGGCGAUAACUUAAUGUCUAUCGUCAGCCGCCUCAUGAAGCAGCUCAAGUUAUCCAUGCCCAGCCGGGACAAGUCUCAGCCGGGGACACCCCCAAACGAUUUCAAUGAAUCCGAGGACGAGUACGCAGAGUCUACCCCGAAGCCUAAAUCUGAAUCGAUUCCUUUGCCUGACGACUAUCGAAUCGACGUCAUCGGAAGGAUUCUAGGCAUGUGCUCAAAGGACAACUACUCAAGUGUUUUGGAUUUUGACUGGUAUAUCGACGUUCUAACACAACUUGUCCGCAUGGCACCGGCACCUCGCAAGGUUGAUGACGAUUCAGGCCCAACGGACAAGGCGAGGGCGAAUGUCUCGGAGAAAAUUGGCGAUGAGCUGCGCAACGUUGCUGUCAAGGUUCGAGUGAUGAGAUCGACAGCUGUGAGAGCAGCAGAGACUAUCCUCAGCCAGCUCAAUACCGAUACACCACCGGGAUAUAGCAUUACUUCGGGUGCGCUGAAGUCAGUAGCCUGGAUAAUGGGCGAAUAUGCCUCACAACUAGCUGUCACAGACGAAGGUCUGAACGGCUUGCUACAGCUUAUUCCCCGGACAAAUACCCCUGAAGUUUUAACGACAACCCUACAAGCCGUCACCAAGGUUUUUGCAACUAUAGUCGGAGAUGAGAGUGAGCCAUGGACAGCAGAAAGGAAGUCGAGGAUAUCACUACUUAUGGCACGCAUCAUCCAUGUCUUUGAGCCCCUAGCAUUGCACCCUAGUCUUGAGGUUCAAGAGCGAGCGGUCGAGUUCACAGAGUUACUGAAGCUCACAGCUGAGGCUGCUUCGUCUCAGCCAUCCUCAACAGAUGAUGUUGACCAAGACCCGCCGCUGCUUUUAACCCAGGCUAUCCCCUCGUUGUUCAAUGGCUGGGAACUUAACUCGGUAUCCAAAGAUGCCCAACUAAACGUUCCAGUGCCAUCGGGCCUGGAUCUGGAUGAACCGAUCCAUGCAAACUUGGCCAAGUUGUUAUCAGAAGCCGACUCUAUCACACUAGCGACUGAUGAGUCGGAUGACUUUGAAACAUACUACCACCAAAGGCCCCCGCCUACCAGCAUCGAGUCAUCUGCGCCGGCCAUUAGUAGGAUAGCCGAACCCAAGGAGGAUUACGUGAGCUCCUAUCAACAAGCCGACGAGGAAACUUACCUGGACGCGGAUAUCGUUGCCAGGAGAAAGGCAGAACGUGUCGAACGCAACAGAGAUGAUCCUUUUUAUAUCCCCAGCAACGAGACUCCCCGCACGUCAACUCCUAUCCACAACAUCCUUCAAAGCAGCAACGGCCCCGAUCUGGACAUAGAUUCUAUACCUAUCAUGCAAUUAGAUCUAUCAAGAGCCGAGACUCCUGCUGCACAGCCUCCACGACCGCAGCCGAAACCACGACAAAAGGUUGUUAUCGCCGCCGACGAAACCCUCGAGGGCAGCGCAAGUGGAGGUCUUCGAUCUUAUGACUCAGAGAACAACUCGGACAGUCUUUCCAAGCCCAGGGUAUUCAAGACCAAGAUAAAGCAGGGCUUACUCGGCGUGGACUCAAGUGGCAUUGGAUCUUUCAGCCUGGAGGGACAACCGUCAACUGGCCUCGACUAUGAACAGCAGCAGCGCGAGGACGUCGAGAUGCAACAAGCUAUGAAAGAAGUUGAGCGACUCCGUCUCGAAAUGCAGCGCGCAAACGAGCGUAUCGACGUGGCGCAAGGUGUUGACGUUGAAGGUACUGUGGUCAAGAAGAAAAAGAAGAAGCCAAAGAAGGACGUAACCACCGAAGGAGCAGAUGGUGAAGAGGUCAAACCUAAAAAGAAGAAAAAGAAGACACCCCGAGCUGUGGCUCUAGAAGAAGGCGGGGACGAUAGCAGUGCUCGCGGCGUCGAGUCCGCUGCAUCUGGGGCCGACGUGGCUGUGGCCAAAAAGAAGAAGAAAAAGAAGGCGCCGCGCGCCGCCGAGAUUCAAGAUGAGUAG